CAGUCUUCGGAAGCACGACUCUACACCUUCUCAGACGAGACCAAGACCAAGCUACGAAAAUUCCGACUCGGCACAAGUCGAGCCAAAGACCCGCAAGCUGUCAUCUACGAGAUCGAUAAGAAGACGCUCGAGAUACGACCGGUAGAUGGCGAGGUCUACUCAGACGUCCAGUCCCUUGCAGACGAGCUUCCCGACCAUGCUCCCCGAUUCGUGCUUCUAAGCUACCCGUUGACACUCAACUCUGGACGAUUGUCCGUGCCGUAUGUCAUGCUCUACUACCUCCCCAUAACGUGCAACAGCGAGGUCAAGAUGUUGUACGCGGGUGCAAAAGAGCUCAUGCGGAACACAAGUGAAGUUGGCCGCAUCAUUGAAAUUGAUAGUGCCGAGGAUCUGGAAGAGAUUGAAGAGAAGCUCAAGGAGCAGGCAUAG